CUAUUUAAAAGAGGCGUGGCUUGCCAGAAUACGGGUGGGAAAGUAGUUUGGACGGACUCUACGCAGCUAGCUUAGUUAAAAUGGCGGAGCUCAAGGAAGACGACGCAGUGCAGCUUCACCAGGAGGACGCCAAUAAUAAAGGAGACUCUGUGAAGAUGGCAGCAGCAUCCGAGGACGAGAGCAAGCAGAUGUCUGACCAUCAUGUCACAUCCAGUGAUCUUUUGAAAACCGAGGACCGUCAAGCACAAGCUCCUGUGUCUUCGAUGUCAGAGAGACACGUUUCCAUCCAGACAUCACUAGAAGGUCUGGAGAUGCUUGUUGACUUAAAUGGAGCCGGUAGGAAGUCUUGCCCGUUAUGCCCAGAGGAGAAGUUCAAGGCCUGUUACAGCCAUAAACUGCGACGACACCUGCAGAACCUUCACUGGAAAGUCUAUGUGGAAUUUGAAGGUCAGAGAAUGUGUAUCUGUCACCUGCCAUGCAGACAGAUGAAGUCCAGCCAGGGGUUAGAUCAGAGUCAGGCCCGGCUAGUAGCACACUACCAUUGCGUGGUGUGCUCUGUCACCAUUGCUCGAAAAACUGACAUGAUCAGCCACCUCAAACGGCACAUCAACAAAGGCGAGACCGAAGCCAGUUAUUCGGGGACUUCAGACACAUCGUUUGAAGAACCGGUUCCAGGUCAGGCAUAUGAGAUCAUGAAAGAACUGGGCACCAAUGUGCAGCUCAUGCCCAACCACAGCACACCCAUGAAGACAGACACUUACUUCAACCGCAAGAUGAAGACCAACAGGCAGUUGGUGUUUUGUUCUCUUGCUGUUCUUGCUGAGGAAAGGAGUCCAAUCGAAUGUCUGGAUGCUUUUGGAGCCACAGGUAUAAUGGGCUUGCAGUGGGCCAAGCACCUCCGCAGUGCGGUUAAAGUGACCAUAAAUGACAUCAACGAAGCCUGCGUCAAUAUGAUCAAGGAGAACUGCCACCUCAACCACAUCGGUCUGGAGGCGGAGCAGGCAGAUGACAGCGACGACCCCGUCAACACAGUGGAAGUGACACAGAUGGACGCCAACGUCCUCAUGCACCUGAGAGCUUUUGACUACAUACACCUCGACCCGUUCGGCACCUCUGUGAACUACCUGGAUGCCGCCUUCAGGAACGUACGCAACUUAGGAAUCGUUUCCGUGACGUCCACCGACACCGGCUCGCUCUACUCCAAAUCUCUGAACGUGACUCUACGACAUUACGGCUGCCAGAUCGUCAGGACCGAAUACUACAGAGAGCUGGCGGCACGCAUGGUGGUGGCCUCUCUAGCCAGAGCAGCAGCACGCUGUAAUAAAGGUAUCGAGGUUUUAUUGGCUGUGGCUCUGGAACAUUUCGUGCUGGUGGUGGUGCGAGUGCUCCGAGGCCCAACGCAGGCUGAUGAAACGGCCAAGAAACUGCGGCAGCUGCUGCACUGUCAGUGGUGUGAGGAGAGAGUGUUCCUUAAGCCAGGCAGCAUGGUGGAGGAGAACCAGUACAGACAGUUACCGUGUCAGUGCCAUGGCAGCAUGCCCGGGAAGACUGCGGUCGAGCUCGGACCUCUCUGGUCAGGGUCUCUGUUUAAUACUGGCUUCCUGAGGCGUAUGCUGGUGGCAGCGGUGCAGCACAGCAUGGAGGACAUUCAGCCUCUAGUGAAGACUCUGAUCUGUGAGGCAGACUGCACCACCCUGAAAUCCUUCUCAGUCACAGGACAACUCAUUCUAACCAACCAAGUCGAGUGCGGCGUCGUCAUCAAAACCUUACAGAAGGUGGAGGAAGCAGACACUGUUGAUUCAUCAGGAAAGCGCAGAAUCGGAGAGGAGUCUAGUAAUGUGUUGAAGAAGCUAAAGUCAGACGCGUCCCUGGAGCAUCCUGCGUUCUACUACAGCAUCCAUCGGCACAGCAUCCGAGGCAUGAACAUGCCCAAACUCAAUAAGUUCCUGCAGUACCUGACCGAGGCCGGAUUCAGGGUGAGCCGCACGCAUUUUGACCCGACUGGAGUUCGCACAGACGCCACACUGGAGCAGUUCAAGUCUGUGCUCACCAAGUACAGCGUGCCGACCUACAGCUCAGGACCAGCCAGCAGUCUCAGCACAGAGGCUAAAAAAAAUGACGGCUAAAAAAGACUAAACGUGGCCGCAAGCCAACAGCAAUAUUAGGAAUGUUAAUAAUGUGAUGGUGUUGAGAAAUGUUGCUGUGGCAACGUGCUGUCACAUAACUGUGUGCAGGGGUGUGUGGGUCCAG